UAUUGUUCAUAUAAAUUUCACAUCAACCGGUCAUUUUUCGUGCAUGCUCGUUCCACUAAGUAUGUUUUAGAAUAAUUGAUUGAAUGAUAUAGUAGUUUGACUAUAAUCGGUUCCAUCCGUCGAAGGAAUUGUUUCUAUUGGAAAGACUUAUUCGUCGCAGAAGAGAUGGAGAAAUUAAAAAUUAUGCUAUUGCUGAGUUCAAUAGUACUAUUGGCGAAACCAAUAUGUUCUGAAAACGAAAUACCCACAGAAACGUCUGAACAGGAUACUGAAAACAAUGCAAUCUACGAUUUAUUCUAUGAAAGUCCGAAUGCCGAUCCGAAACUGUUUCAUUUUGCGGAUCAUUUCGAUGAUAAAGACCAGUUUGCUACCCAAUGGAUCAUAUCGCAGGCAAAGAAAGAUGACACUGCGGAAGAGAUAGCCAAAUAUGAUGGCGAAUGGAGCUUAGAGUUACCUAAAAGGCCACUGUUACCAAAUGAUCUUGGACUUGUCUUAAAAUCGAAAGCAAAGCACGCGGCUAUUGCUGCUCAUUUGAACAGGAAAUUCGUUUUCACCGAUAAGCCUUUAGUAGUGCAAUACGAAGUGAAUCUUCAGGACGGACAAGAAUGUGGUGGAUCCUACAUAAAACUUCUUUCUGCCGGUAAAGAGACCACCGAUUUGAGACAGUUUCAUGACAAAACUCCAUACACGAUUAUGUUCGGACCGGACAAGUGCGGUAAUGACAUUAAAUUGCAUUUCAUUUUUCGUCAUGUUAAUCCAAUUAACGGCUCAAUAACCGAAAAGCACUGUCGCAAAGCAAAGGAUCGUCUAGAUGAGCCAUUCAAAGACAAACAGCCGCAUCUUUAUCAGCUUGUAGUGAAACCUGACAAUACCUACAUCAUUCGAUUCGAUCACAAAAUCAUCAAUGAAGGAUCUUUAUUCACGGAAUUUACACCUCCCGUAAUUCCUCCAAAAGAGAUUGAUGAUCCGGAAGAUGCCAAGCCAGAGAAUUGGGAUGAAAGAGAAAAGAUUCCAGAUCCAGAAGCAACGAAACCUGAUGAUUGGGAUGAAAAUGAGCCACCGCAGAUUCCGGACCCAAGUGCAUCUAAACCAGAGGGUUGGCUCAGUGACGUUGAAGAGAUGAUUCCUGAUCCUAACGCUGAGAAACCGGCGGAUUGGGACAUAGAAAUGGAUGGUGACUGGGAAGCACCUUUAAUUGCAAAUCCCUUAUGUGAAAAAGCGGUCGGUUGCGGUUUUUGGAAGGCACCAAUGAUUUCUAAUCCAAACUAUAAAGGCAAAUGGCGCUCUCCGCUUAUUGACAAUCCCAACUACCAGGGCAAAUGGGCACCCAGAAAAAUACCCAAUCCCGAUUUCUUCGAAGAUGCAAAUCCAUUCAAAAUGACCCCUAUAGCUGCGAUUGGUAUUGAGUUGUGGUCGAUGUCUAGCGACAUACUUUUUGACAAUCUGAUUAUCACUGAUGAUGAGGCGGUUGCUAGAGAUUGGGCUGCACAAACCUUUGAUUUGAAACAAAGACUGAUUGAUCGCGAAGCGCAUACAAUUUGGAAUCGUGCCAUGAAGUACAUGGGAUACAAACCGGGAUACUGGUUUGCUUACUUUGUGUAUUGUUCAAUUCCUGUCAUCGCAUAUGUUUGGUUUUUGAUAAAACGACGAGAUAAAAAGGAGGCAUCACCGUCUCCAUCAGGAAAGACUAAAAAAACUGACGAAUGCACACCCGAUAGCGAGCCCAGAGAAGAAGAUACAUUACACUCUAAGUCUAAUCUCAAUUCUCCAGACGAGAACGGUGACACACUGGCUGAUAAAGCUACAGAGGAGGUGGAAAAUAAAAAUUCGGAUGAAGAUGAAAAUGUGGACGAAGAUGAUGACUUUGAUGCGGAAGAUGCCACAGAUGAGCAUCGUGUUGAAACAACCAGUCAAGUUCCAGUAGAGUUGGAUAGCGGAACAAGAAAACGAAAGCAGAGGAGAGAGUAAACACUGUAGGAACUAAUCGUGUUAUACUUCGAUUUAUUUGCAUUAUCUCCUACCAAUAAUAGUUUUAAUUGUAGCUUCUUUGAAUUCCUUAAACAUGAAAAUUAAAUCAAUUGAACGAAAAUAGUGAAUAAAUUAUGCAAACUUAUUUAUGUAUACAAAGACUGGAUAGGAUAAAUCCAGAUAUCAAUAUGUGUUGGUUUGAUCAGUAAUACAUUUUAAGUGAACAUGUGUAUCAAAACGAAAUAAAAAUUCUUAAAUAUGAAAAAAA